GUGGCACUGAUUUAAAUGACAUCCCUAUCGUAAACGUCAAAGAGACACGAUUUUCGCGAUUUUCAUGAUUUUCAUUCAUGAUUGCAUUGCAUGCAAAAAGUGCAUUAUUUUUCGGAUCUUUCGGGUUUACGAAAAUUUCAAGCUCAGAAACAAUGGACUCGUUGAAUAUCAAAAUGGAGGUACCGGAUCUGCCACUUCCGGAUCACAUCUCGCAACUGGGUGAGGACGGGCUAGGCAUGAUUGCAAACUCGGAAUUCCUAGCCAACAGCAAUGGAUUGUUUCUGGGCGAAACGGACGAUGCGGAUGACGAUGACGACGAUACGAUUGUGGUGCAUAUGGACUUGCGGGAAAAUCUUUCAACGCUGAGGGGUCUUGUCGAACAACGAACCGGAGUAUCAUUGAAGCAUUAUGAAUUUUGGCUACAGGAUACUCAAAUGUUGGAAUCGCACAAGAAUUUGGUCGAUCAGUGCGUCCAAGGAGAAGGACUGGUUCAGAUAAACGUUCAAGUGCAGACGGCCAAACGGAGAAUCAAUAUUGCUGACGUGUUGAAACCAACCGAUGAGGUUCUGGAGAGCUACCAACAAGAGCUGGCACUAGCUGCAGCACAGGCGGUCGCGGAAGCCCAAGCAGCUGUUGCAGCCGCCGCAGCUGCUUCCAUUUCCAACGCGGAAAAUAACUCGUCUCCAGCGCAGCAGCCCACUCCUGCAGUACCAUCCCCGGGUACGGCCUCGCCUGCUACUAACAAUGCUGCUUCUUUACCCAAAACUCCAAUACAGACUGCUAAAGAAGAAAUGGAAACAGCUUCGGCCGUUGCUGCUAUCAUAAAUUCUGCUAAUGCAGAAGCAAACGCUGAGAAAAUAGCAGCACAGGUCGCUACGACGGUGGCCUCGGCACCGGCUGUACCCACAACAGCCGUCGUCACUAAUGGCACGUCAUCGGUGAAGUUUUCUCCGCCCACGAUGGAAUCUCCCACAAUGAUCGAUGACGACGACGACGAUGACGAAAUGGUCGACGGGGGCCAAUCGGCGUUGCGUUGGGUUUGCGAUACGAACUUCAAGCGUGACCAGCAGCGUUUGAAUAUCCCGGACGAUCCCCUCGAGUGGACCGUGGCUCAGGUCAAACACUGGAUCCAAUGGGCGGUAAAAAUCUUCCAACUGACCAGUAUCAAGCUACAGGAUUGGAGCAUCAGUGGUAAGGAGCUUUGCGAUAUGGAUCACGCCGAAUUCAAGCAGAAGGUUCCAAGUGAUCCGGGUGAUCUAUUCUGGACUCAUCUGGAGCUGCUCCGGAAAUGCAAGUUUGUAGCCGUUGUUCAGAAGCACGGUGACGGGGAGAACUAUGACGAAAUGGCCAUAUUGAGGAAGGUUCCCAGGAAUAGUUUGGCAAAUGAAAGUUACUGCGGCAAUCGAAGUGGUAACAAUGGUCAAAUACAAUUGUGGCAGUUCCUUCUGGAAAUACUCACCGAUAAAGAGCACCAAGGGGUCAUUCAAUGGAUUGGCAGGGAAGGCGAAUUCAAGCUAUGCAAUCCGGAACUGGUGGCUCAACUAUGGGGCGAACGGAAAAACAAACCGACCAUGAACUAUGAGAAACUGUCGCGAGCCCUUCGCUACUACUACGACGGGGAUAUGAUCUCCAAGGUGCACGGUAAACGAUUCGUGUACAAAUUUGUUUGCGAUCUGCGUGAGCUGAUCGGUUACGAUGCAUCGGAAUUAGCCAGUCUGGUGCAGGAGGGAUCGACUUAUGUCCACACAAACUCAUACGAUGGUUACGAUCGGGAUUAGGUUACGGUUAUUGAAUUUCAUAUUUUCCUUAGCACAUCCCGCUUCUGAGUAUUUCUAAAAAUAAAAGGGGAUAAUGAUCCAUAAUCUUAAGGAAGCUAUAUUUUGAAGUAUAUUAUUGAUGAUGUUUACUAUAACGUUGAAUUGGAUUUAUUGAAGAGGAUUAAGAUUAAAUUUUUAUUAUAUUGAUAUUGACAUAAUAAUAAACGAUCGUUCAGAGCA